ACGAUCUCAUUAUAAGAGUCAGAUUGCUCGAAGCGAGUAACAUUAAGAGUCGCUACCUUCAACUGUGUAAUAUCUUCAACGCCUGUAUAUAAAGCACAAGUUACCAAUUCUUAUUAUAUUCAAGUAUUCAACUCUAUUCGUAUUCGGUUGUUACUGGUUCAAAUUUCCCGAAGAUGUAUGGUCAUUUCGUUGUGUAUUUUACAAGUAUUAUUUGCCUACAAUUAACACAGAGUGCUGGUAAGUGUUUUAAAUACUCUCGUAAUUUAUCGUUCCGAGUUGUUUAUUAAAAGGGUAGUUUGAACUUACAGCAGACACCAUAUACCGUAGAAAUAGAUUUGACAAGAAAUACGAGGGGGGGGGGGGGGACAUACACUGUUAAACGGAUUCAACACGACACCUUAUCUGUUAUCUCUAAACCACGCUGUAGCGGUUUCAAUAUGUUAGAGCACCAGUCAUAUAUACCAACUGUGCUUGAAAUUGCCCCGGAAAAGCAGUUUAUGUUAGCUAGGAUAAGCAAAUGUAGUUUAAAAAACUCAUGAGUGUUAUGUGAAUGCAAAGAAUCCGGUUCCGUGUGAUUAUAGUUGUGUCUAGAUGCUAUACAAAUAUUCAGUUUAACGUAAUUACUCCUUCGAGGAGAUACCAGAUGGUGUCUAAUUACCCAAGUACUAUGCUCGCUAUGCGUGUCUCUGUUGUCAUAUACAAUUCAAAACAGUUUAAAUACGCCACAGAAUUGGGCGGUUUAAAAGAUAACAGCUAUACAUUUAGGCUUGCUUGCCGUUUUACGCUUUAUACUUUUAAGAUAACAAACAACAAAGAAACACAAACAGAACUCACGCAAAGAACCAUUAAAAUGUCAUGUCUCUUGACUCAUGAUUUCAUAAAACCGACUGUCAUCCGUUCGUAUACCAGUAUCGCUGUGAAUAGGUGGUAUAGUUUACUGUAUAUGAAAAACUUAUGGUGGAUUUUAUACUAUGAUUUACAGUUUCGCGUUUACUCAUUCAUUCAGUACAUAAUAAAACACACACACAAUACUAUUCAAAUUACUCGUCGUGGACCACGAAACACGAUGAUCUGUCUUCCUAGAGAGAAUUUUAAUCGUUCUUUGUUAAUUUUAUUGCCAAAUUUGUUACGCAUAACCACGUCCUAUAGGCAAUACAGGAAGGGCUAAUGCCUGCUUUAAAUGAAACAUGCAAUUUAAUCGUGUAAAAUAUCUAGUUUACGUAGUGUCAGUAAUUUGCAUAUUUUGCCGGAAAAAACGGAUUGUGAAACAGCCAUUGUGAAAUAAACAUUUAAUCAAGCCUGGUGCCUGAUGUCUGUUCGUCUGAUCCAGUGUAUUUUAACGAACGUGUUAUUACACGCGGUUAUAUAUGCCUUACCAAACAUUUCAAUUAAGGCUUGUUGCUAUUUUUAAGUUGCCAUGUUUGGCCAUGUCUCAUUUACACUACUUUUGGUAUAAUCCAUGUUAAGAUUCAUUGACACAUGUUUAAAAAAUGUGUUUUCCCAAGUAUAUAUUGGUGGACAAGCUGCAAGUUGUGAUCAACUCGGAAAUGUUGACAACUUAUAGCCGUACCAAUUAUAAAACUAUGCAUAUAUUCUUUAGUGUUUCGACUUUUUGCAAGUUACUAAACAUAUUCUUCAUUUUCUAGACAUUCUUGAUUCAAGUGAUGGUAUUGAUUGCCAACCUUUGGAACAAGUCGUUGCUGUGAAUAGCAACGGACGACCUUAUUUUGUGAUGCUUCAGCGAUGCCAGGGUUCUUUCGAAGAUGAGAACCCUGAACGGAAAAGAUGUACGUUUAACGAAUCCGAAAACGUGCGAGUCCAAAUAACGAGUGGUGGAGAGACUGAUAAAGUGGAAUAUGUCAUUUUGAAAAAUCACACUUCCUGUAAAGGGGAGUGUGCCAUCGAAUGUCCCGUGCCAAAAUUAUUUCGGCAGGAUAAGGAGAAUUGUGGAUGUACGUGUAUGCAUACCACGGCACCUCCAGGCUCUGAGUGUGGCAGCGAUCAAUCGUAAGUUAUUUUGUUUUUUAGCUUUUUAGUAAGACCUAGGCAAAAUGCGCUCAUGGGUUCAUGUUCAUGAUGUUCCGCUCAUGAUAAGCGCGAGUUUCAACCAGACCUAAUGAUAAGUUUUUCUUACAGUAAUGAUUUUUGAGACUUUCUCUGGUUGGAAAUAUUUAUUUAUUUUAUCACGAUAAAUAAGUAAAUAAUUCCAAGAAGAGAACAUCUCAAAAAUCAUUAUGUUCAAUCCUGGUCGCACUGGUACAAGCUCAUUAAGACCACUAACCAUAAGUAUGCAUCAUGUUUGGUAUGUGUAAUAUUUGGGUCAUUCUAAGACGAAGUGUAAUGUUAAGAUAAAUAUUAAUGCCCAGCAGAAAAUACGUAAAAGAGCCAUAACAAAAAUAUAGUUUUAAAAUAUUUAUUAGAAAGCUAACGUUGCGUCUUCAACUUAAGACAUCUUCAGAGCAAUGACAUACAAAGCGGAAAACACAGAAAUAUGAAUAAAUUGCAACUAUGUAAUAUAUCUAUAUCUAAAUCUUUAUGGUAAAAAAACUCGUCUUAAUCAACUUUUUCACUGCCAACGUAUCCAGACAUAAUAUCAUUAGAUGAAUUGCAAAUUAGUUUUCCUAAUUUAGUUUUUGCCCCAAAAAUUCAUCCAAUCAUUGCAUCAUAUCCAGGCACUUUGGCAGUGAAAAAGUUGAUCUAGAUGAGGUUUCUUAUUGUAAAGAUAUGUUACAUUUCCCCUUAGGACUCUCUAACAUUAUGCAAACUUGUGUGGAAGAGAUGACAAUAUGUGAUUCAUUGCUUCAUUUCAUGUUUCAGUUGGGACAGUCAGGAGUGUAACUGUAAAUGUAAUUUGGACAAGAAUAAUCCUCCCAGUGGAAAGGUAAUGAAUCACUUUUUAAUUCAUUAAAACACUCCUAUUUUUACAUGCAUUUUAUUCCAUAACACUCCCAGUUUGCAUUAUAAAUACAUACAUAUACUAUCAUACUAUAAUUGUAACAACAUUUUGAAAUGAAUACAAGUUUGUUAAAGAAUUAUUUGGCUGUUAAAGGUUUAUCUUAAUUAAGUUCUUGUUCUUUUUAUAUAUUAGAAAUUAGAUGAAAAACAAUGCAAGUUCGUUUGCAAGCCACGUGAUUGUCCAGGCAGACUAAAGUUCGAUUCCACUACAUGUAGAUGUGCUCCUGUCGUAGGUUACGUUGUUAAUGAAGCAGGUACUUAAUUGAUUCAUUAGUCUGCUAAUUGAUUGCAUAAUUAUUUAACUGAUUUAUUAAAUGCUUAAUUUAUUGAUGGGGUAAUUAGUUAAAUGAUCAAUUGAUUAGGUAAUUGCUUAUACUUCAUUGAUUAAUUGCUUAAUUGGAUCGGUUGAUUAGUUAAUUGCUUAAUCUGUUGAGUAAUUGCUUUCUUAAUUGAUCCAUAGUGUAAUUAAUUACAUAUUGAUGAUUAGUUAAAUAUUACAUUGAUUGAUUAAUGAAUUGCUUAAUUCAAUUAAUGAAUUGCUUAAUUCAUUAAUUGAUUAGUUAAUUGCAAUUAAUCGACUUAAUUUGAUUUACUAACAAGUUAAUUAAUUUUCUAGAACCGGACAACACCCAGCAAGGGAAGAUUUUAGCGGCUGUGGUUAUGGGAGAAUUUGUUUUUCUUUGUUUGAUUUUUGACGUUAUUUUGUACACAAAGAAGACGGGUUUAAUGCGCUAUGUGUGGUUUAAUGUACUAUGUAAAAGCCGAGGAAACCCAGGUGGUAUGUAAAAAUAAAGUCCUUUAUUGUAAAAUUCGAGCAAUAAACAUAGCAAAUAUAGCAAAUAGCAUAGUGCCAUUUGGUCACAAUCCAGUGAUGGUUACUCGCACACAUGGGCGUACCGGAAGGAAAAAAUUAGGGGGGCGGAAAGAAAAUUGCCCGACUUUUCGGAAUUCUGCCCGACUAGUACCAAAAAAAUUUUUCCGGAAAUAUUAUUUUGGCGACCUCCCCCCCCGUCGCCAAAAAAAUUUUGGUCAGUGUACCAUUUUAGGGGUCAAAAAAAUUUUUCCGGACAACCAAUAUUUUUCGAAACAGGACAUAAAUUUUCCAAAAAUCACAAAAUUGGCCAAAAAAUUGACUUAAUUUUAGACAAAAUUUACAGAAUUUGUCCCAUUUUUUUUAUUGCAAACCAAAAUUGCCCGACUGUUGAUCGAAUAUUGCCCGACUGCCCAAAAAACUGGGGGCUACCGCCCCCCCCCCGCCCGGUACGCCUAUGCUCGCACACCCUUGCCUUUCAAGCUGGGAGACCCGGGUUCAAUCCUUGGUCGGACCUCCACUCAAGUCUCAAGGUCUUAAAAUAAUUGACGAGAAGUGCUACCUUUACAUUGACAUCAGUAAAUGGUUAGACUUUCGCGUCUUCUCGGAUAAGGACGUUAAAUCGUAGGUACCUCGGAUUCCCUAGCAAUUGGACAAUAGCCUGUUGGGAAGUCCGUUCACCAAUGAAUGAGAAACUCAAUGAACAAUAAUAUUUUCUUAUUUUAUAUUGAAAUAAAGUAACUAACUAACUAACUAUUUUUUCAGACGAAUCAGCUGGUACAUCGCCAGAAUCUAUGCAUUUGAAGAAUGUUGACGAAGAGAAUGUUCCUCCCCAGGACACGAUGGUCAAUCGCAAUGGACACACUCUACUUGCACAGCCUGUCGCGUCGAAGUGAAGCCAACUCGACUUAUUCUUAUUAAGACAAGCAGAAAAAAAUGCCGGUCAGACAAAUCGACAGAUAUAAAAAGCAGGCGUGAACGACAAAGUGUACAUAGUGUUAAAUCUGGAUGAAACGAGGAUGAGAGUUGCCUCACGCGACUUUGGUUCGCUGUUCUUAAUGCUUUCCCAACACUAACAUGUAUUCUAUUGAAGUUAGAUUCUAGAAAUUCUAGAAAUGUCCCCUGUAACAAUGCAUGGCUGCCAACUCUUAUCAACUCUCAUCCUCCGUUUGACCCUCGUUUUCAGUCCGCGUUCCAUGGCAGCAGAUGCUGGUCAACUUUAGGAAUGUUGACGAUUAUAGAAGCAUGAAAAUGAAACUCUCUUAUUUUCCAUCAAUACAAGAUAGGAAACUGACAUUACUUUCUCACCACAUGUUGACCACCAUCUGCGGCUUGAUAGUGCUUAGUGAAACCCAUUUUAGGUACCACCAAUCCACUAUAGAUUUUUGUAUAUUUUGAUUCGUGUGCAUUGUGUAGGACUAGUUCCCAUGUCUAUGCUAUCAUAACUGGUGAGUUAUUUUUUGACGAGAUCUGUCUGUGAUGAUGUGAACUAUAUAUAACUGUAAAGCCUGGAUUACAAUAUCAAAGUUUCUGUGAUCACAGUAGGAAUGUUGCAUGAGUAAAACGUUUUGAAGGAUUUGUAAGAAAUGUUUGAGGAAACUUACUUGGUGUUCAACACUGAUUUCAAUUUUUAUUAUCAUCCAUGCCAAAUGUCUACUGUGAUCACAGGAACGUUGAUAAUGUAUUGUACACCAGGCUUAAUUCUUUGUUUGCAAUCACGUGACUUUUCAUCCAAAUGACGGGCAAUCAAACAACUUGUGGACGUUUUUCCUAUCAGAAUGGUUGUAGCAAGAAAAACUGAACGGUAAUUCAUCUUUCGAGUCUUAAACUGUCUCUAAACUCGAUCAAUACAUUAAAAUAGCCGUUUUUGUUACACCUGCCCGUCAAUUGAAAUCCCAAAAUUACGUCAUUGCAAAGAAAGAAUAGGAGUGUAAAUAUUGAAUGUAAAAGUGUUGGUUAGCAUCGCGACUGGGAAAUGAAACACCAGUAACAUUGCUGUUCAUUGGUUUCGUGAAACGGUACCAGACAGAAGGUGGUGGUCAAUGGAAGCAAGAAAAUUAAAAUGCAUCUCAAUUCUAUUUAUUUCCCAUCAAAAGCAUCCAUUUAUUGAAAGAAUUAUUCCCUCACUCUGAUAAAUGCAGGUUGACCACCAUCCGCUGUACGAGAGUGCUUUGUGAAAGCCUCGUAUAUAUUAAUAUCUUUACGGAUCCAUUUGGAAACGAAGUAGGAAUGUUUCUCAUUGUAGAGAACCAACAAAUAGAUAUAGAAUAAUAGAUUUAAAAUAUUUAUUACAUAUAUAAAGAUUAUUUAAGAAUUAUCACGCGCGCGACUCGCGUUACCAAAGGGUGUAAUAUGUAUAUAUAGUUUUAGCCCUGAUAGCUAGUUUUUGAAAUCUGAUUAAUGUAGUGAAUGUUUGAUAUAAUGAAAUAAAAUGUUUCUUGUUUAC